AGGACAAGAGGUUAUUAAUUACUGUUUUACUCUGCUACUGUGGAGAUAUCAGUUUCUUGAUCACUUUCUAGCUGAGUUCCUGCCAUGCCUAACCAACUAAUCCUCUAUGCCCUCUGGAGCCUCCUCUUUCCUCUAGGUGUUGCCAUCUAUCACAAAGGCACAGGCAAUCCAGCACCCCACCCUGGUCCCCACUACCUCCUGCCCCCCAUCCACGAGGUCAUUCACUCUCGCCGCGGUGCCACGGUCACCCUACCCUGCGUUCUGGGCACCCCACCCCCCAGCUACAAGGUGCGCUGGAGCAAAGUGGAGCCUGGGGAACUACGGGAAACACUAAUCCUGAUUACCAACGGGCACCAUGCCCGGGGCUACGGGCCCCUGGGAGGCCGUGCCAGGAUGAGGAGGGGGCACAGACUGGAUGCCUCCCUUGUGAUCACGAGUGUGGCGCUGGAGGAUGAAGGGAGAUACCGCUGCGAGCUCGUCAAUGGCCUGGAAGAUGAGAGCUUGGCACUGACCCUCAGACUGGAGGGUGUAGUUUUCCCGUACCAGCCCAGUCGGGGCCGAUAUCAAUUUAAUUACUAUGAAGCUAAGCAAGCAUGUGCUGAGCAGGACGGGCGGCUGGCCACGUAUCCCCAGCUUUAUCAGGCGUGGACCGAGGGCCUGGACUGGUGUAACGCGGGAUGGCUCCUGGAGGGCUCAGUGCGUUACCCAGUGUUGACAGCUCGAGCACCCUGUGGAGGUCGGGGCCGGCCAGGGAUUCGCAGCUACGGGCCGCGAGACAAGCAACGUGAUCGCUACGACGCCUUCUGUUUUACCUCCGCGCUGCGGGGCCACGUGUUCUUCGUUCCCGGCCGUCUGACGCUGGCAGAGGCUAGCGGAGCCUGCGUAAGGCGCGGAGCUGUGCUUGCCAAGGUUGGCCACCUCUACGCUGCCUGGAAGUUCUCGGGCCUGGACCGCUGCGAUGGGGGCUGGCUGGCUGACGGCAGUGUGCGCUUCCCCAUCACCACUCCGCGGCCCCGUUGUGGAGGCCUCCCGGAUCCCGGAGUCCGCAGCUUCGGUUUCCCCAGCCCAGAGCAGCCAGCCUAUGGGACCUACUGCUAUGCCGAGACCUAGACGGAUAUGCCCUCCCUAGCCCCAGCCGAGAGAGCGGCCCUUUUUCCCCACUGUAGAUCUAGUCCUAACUGGGAAAGAGAUUGAGAAUCGAGUUGGGGAUGGGGCGUGUUUACACUAGGAGUGUGUGUAUCAGCACUGCCUCCCGCCUUCUCGAGCUUCCCCUGCUUGCUAGAUUGAGGGAGCCGAGGAAAGUCUUACUGAAACUCUAUUUCCCGCACUGCAGUCAGCUGUGCCAAAAUCCAGGCGGGGCCCGGGGGGAGGCAGAGUAAAUAAAUGCUCCUGUGCUGUUUACCUUUCCUGGAUGUGGUUUGGAGGCAGCUUUUGAAGUGACUGGGUGCUCCUGUCCUAAGGGCUAAUAAUAUUUGAAUGAUGUUUCCCCCUGGAGAAAAUGAGUACUGCGUGCGAGACCGAGCGGAGUACAGUGUCGAAAUGUUAACUGAUCUGUGUAGAUUAAUAAAAUAACC